AAUCGUCUCCAAAAGGUCUCUACCAUGCACACACUUUGUUACUGUGCUUCUUCGAAGCUGACAUCUCCUUUCUCUCUUCUCUGUACAAUCUCCUGCACUUCCUUCCAAUGGCCGCCGCAAAACAUACCCAAUCCCCAUCACUGCCACCAUAUUCAGAGAUGAUUUUCGCUGCAAUUGAUUCGCUGAAAGUCAAGGAAGGUGCAAGCGAAUCCUCGAUUUCAGACUACAUCGAAUCAACCUGUGAUAAUUUGCCAGAUGAACACGCCAAUAUACUGACUGAUAACUUGAACAAAUUGGUUGAAAGCGGCGAGCUAGUGGUGUUGAAUGACAACUACAUGCGACCGGAGCCCACCGAAACUCCGAAGCGCGGCCGUGGUCGCCCACCGAAGGCCAAGGACCCUUCUGUUUCAGAGGCUGUGACUCAGGCGGAGCCUGGGUCCGAAGUUAAGAGGGGAAGAGGACGACCCAAGAAAGAUCCUAACGCGCCAUCUUCAGCCAAGAAAGUUAAGGUUGGAUCUACCUCGCCGCCGUCGUCCAAAACCGGCCGGCCAAGAGGUCGGCCACGCAAGGUGCAGCCGGAGUUGACAAGCGUUGAAGCCAAUUAACCUUUAACUUGAUGCAAAGAAGAGAACAGAUGUUGCAGACUGAUUUCCAAAUCAGAAAUUUCUAUGUUUAGAGUAAUGUACAAUUCUCACUGUAUGAUGUACAAGGAACUAUAACUAGCAUUCUCUGGAUUUAGAAGUUUUAUCUCUGCAAAUUUCAAUUACCUAACAAAAAGCCUUUUUAUAAAGGGUUUCUUAUUAGUUUAAGGUGUUUUUAAUGUCUUUAGGGUUUCUUGUAAUAUAACUUCUAUGUUAAAUGCAUUUGUGUGUUGUAAUUUGCCUACUUUUAAUAUAAAAAAGUAUCAAAUGGUUUCUUGA